GAGGAGCGAGAGAGCGUAGUCGAGCGACCGUCCCGCUGUGGCCACGAGCUCCGGCGCUCGGGGAACGUAGGUAGUGCGUGAACUUCCGGCCGAGUGAUACGGACAAGAGAGAGAGAAAGGGGAAAGGAUAGAAUAAGAUUCGGGCGAUUCGUCCCUGCUGGAGAAGUUCGCGGUUCGGUCGGAGCGUAUUCGGUAUCGUGCGCGCAUUAUCGGUGAACGGGACGCGGACCACCAAGAAAAGUCUACUCGUCCGAGAAGCUGGUAGCAGCGGGCAUCGUGCGAGAGUCCGAGAGGAACGAGGAGAAACGCGGAAAAAGGACGUAGCGGCGGUGGACGUAGGACGCGUGGACGCGAAUCGAAUCGAGUGACGCGAGAAGAGAAAGGGAGAAAGGGAGAGAGAGAGGGAGACGAGAGAGUGAAGAGGGAGAGAGAGAGGAAGGAGAGUAGUGCGCGCGGGUAUCAGUGAAAGGGUUUUCGUGGUCGCCGCUCGGAGACGGUGAGGGACGCGAGUGCGUUUGUUAUGCGUGCCAGAAGGCGGUACGGUUACGGUGGCGGUUGACGGCGGCGGCGAGGACGACGACGAUCAUCGGAGGAGCAGCGGGAGGAAAAAGAAAGCGCGCAACGUCAACGUCGACGAGGAAUCGACGAGAGUCGGCAAAAACAGCGGCUGGUUUCGUCGAAGAGGACGUGGACGCGAAGGAGGAGCUGGAGGUGGAGGCGGAGGAGGUGGAAGAGGAACAGGUGCGAGUGCAGGUGUCGGUGCUGGUGCUGGUGCUGGUGCUGAUUCUGGUGCUGGUACUGGUUUCGGUGCUGGUGCGAGUACGAGUGCACGAGGUCCAGAAACGGGAUCGGGAUUGGUAUCGGGAUCGGGACCCGCGGAGAGAAGGAAAUCGUGCUCGUCGUCGCGAGACCGAUCGAGAGCUCGUUCCGGUGCGUUUCCACAGGGGAGGAGGGGAGGGAGACUCGAAAGGGAGGAAAGACGACGACGUCGGCGACGAGGAGGAAGAAGGAGAGGAAGAGAGGUGCUGGAGGAAGACGAGGAAGAAGAAAAGGAAGGUAGUGGCGUUGGAUCUGCUCGUCUCGUCCUCGGGAUCGAGAGAGUUUAGAGCUUAGGAGAAAGGAAGAGGUGCAUCCCCCUCUCUUCUCUCUCUCUCUCUCUCUCCCUCUCUCCAGUCUUUCCGAGUCUCUCCGCGAGCGAUCGUUUUUUUCACGUGACCGUGCGAUCGCGAGGAAGAGGAAACGACGAUAUAGGAGCGACGACACGACGCGUCUUAACGCCGAUCGAGCAAGGAAAAGCCGAGGAAUCGGGAGAAAGAAGGGAUACGUAGAAGAUAAAGGUGGUACGUGGUGAUAUAUUUUUCUGUUUCUUUUUCGUUCGGUUUGGUUCUACUGGGAAAAGGGGCUAUACUGUGUUGUUCGUCGUGCGAGACGAAGCUGUUCGUCGAGUGUAGUGCGGUUUCGAAAAGUGUGGUGCCUCAGCACGAAGAGGGUAUCGCCAGCAGGGCAGAGGCUCGAACGCAUGUAGGAACAUGGCCGCAACCAGCCCCUGCCUCCCUCUAGAGGUUGGCAGCGCAAGAGGCGGCACAAAGGGACCCUGGAUACACGAGUCAGUACAGGAGAAGGCCGAGAUUGGCCGGACUGAGUGGUCUCGGUGACUGGACUAGCUUUGGAGGGCAGGUACCUGGUCUGGUGGACAUGGCGCCAGGCCGGGAUCAGGGCGGAGGGGCGGGUGGCGGUGGGGGAGGCGGCAAGGGUACCACGUCGUUGUUCAUCCUAUCGGAGGAUAACUGCAUUCGGAAGCAUACACGGUUCAUAAUCGAGUGGCCGCCCUUCGAGUACGCCGUCCUGCUCACCAUCAUCGCCAAUUGCGUGGUCCUCGCGCUAGAGGAGCACCUGCCGAAGCACGACAAGACCAUACUCGCGCAGAAGCUCGAGGCCACCGAAAUCUAUUUCCUCGCGAUCUUCUGCGUCGAGGCGAGCCUCAAGAUCCUCGCCCUUGGCUUCGUCCUCCACCGUGGCUCCUAUUUGAGAAACAUUUGGAACAUCAUGGAUUUCUUCGUCGUGGUGACCGGGUUCAUCACGGCGUUCUCGCAGGGCAUAGAACUGGAUAUGGAUCUGCGCACGUUGCGUGCGAUACGCGUGUUGCGACCGCUCAAACUUGUCUCCGGCAUACCGAGUCUCCAGGUGGUGCUCAAGUCUAUCAUCAAGGCGAUGGCCCCGCUUCUGCAGAUCGGCCUGCUGGUACUUUUCGCCAUCGUGAUAUUCGCCAUCAUCGGUCUCGAAUUUUAUUCGGGAACUCUGCAUAAAACGUGUUACAGCAUCAGGGAUAUCAGUGUAAUCGUGAAGGAGGGCGAACAGGCGAGCCCGUGUAACACGGACAACAAAUCGGAGGCGCCGUUCGGGGCCCACGUGUGCGACGCGAACGUCUCGACGUGCAUGGAUCACUGGGAGGGACCAAACUUCGGCAUCACCAGCUUCGAUAACAUCGGAUUCGCCAUGCUCACUGUCUUCCAGUGCAUCACUAUGGAGGGCUGGACUGCCAUAUUGUACUGGACAAACGACGCUCUCGGCAGCACGUACAACUGGAUUUACUUUAUACCAUUGAUCGUCCUUGGCUCAUUCUUCAUGCUGAACUUAGUUCUCGGUGUCCUGAGCGGAGAGUUUGCGAAGGAGAGAGAGAAAGUGGAGAACCGGCAGUCCUUCCUCAAAUUGCGAAGACAGCAGCAGCUCGAACAUGAACUGUACUGCUACCUGAAUUGGAUCUGCAAAGCAGAGGAGGUAAUACUCGCCGAAGAGAGGACCACGGAAGAGGAAAAGAAGCACAUAUUAGAAGGAAGAAAAAGAGCCGAGGCGAAAAAGAAGAAGAUUGGAAAGAGCAAAAGCACCGACACAGAGGAAGAGGAAGGCGACGACGACCAGGACGACGGGUUCUCGAGGUCCUCGUCGACGAAGGAGAAAGGGCCGUGCAAUCAGUUUUGGCUGGCCGAGAAAAGAUUCAGAUACUGGAUACGAAAGUCGGUGAAAUCGCAAAACUUUUACUGGUUCGUCAUCAUUCUUGUGUUCUUCAACACCGUGUGCGUGGCCGUGGAACAUUACAAUCAACCUGAAUGGCUCACCGAUUUUCUUUAUUACGCGGAAUUCGUGUUCCUGGCCCUGUUCAUGCUGGAGAUGUUCAUAAAGGUUUACGCGCUCGGUCCUCGCACAUACUUCGACUCGAGCUUCAACCGUUUCGACUGCGUGGUCAUCUCCGGAUCGAUCUUCGAAGUAAUCUGGUCCGCGUUGAAGUCCGGCUCUUUCGGCCUCUCCGUCCUACGUGCCCUUAGACUCCUGCGAAUUUUUAAGGUCACCAAAUACUGGAAGAGCCUGAGGAACCUCGUAAUAUCGCUGCUCAGCUCGAUGCGUAGCAUCAUAUCCCUGCUCUUCCUUCUCUUCCUCUUCAUUCUCAUAUUCGCGCUGCUCGGCAUGCAGCUGUUCGGCGGCCAGUUCAACUUCGAAGCAGGCACGCCGCCCACCAACUUCAACACCUUUCCCAUCGCGUUGCUCACUGUCUUCCAAAUCCUGACUGGAGAAGAUUGGAACGAAGUGAUGUAUCAGGGUAUAGAGUCGCAAGGUGGUACCAAGAGAGGCAUGGUCUACUCGCUCUAUUUUAUCGUGCUGGUGCUGUUCGGCAACUACACGCUGCUGAACGUGUUCUUGGCUAUCGCCGUGGACAAUCUGGCGAACGCGCAAGAAUUGAGCGCCGCCGAAAACAUGGAGGAAAACGAGGACAAGCAGAAACAAGCGCAGGAACUCGAGAAGGAGAUCCAGACUCUGCAAAAACCGAAGGACGGUAACGCGCCGAAGGUAGAGAUCUGUCCUCCGAGUCCGAACCAGAAUUUCAAAGACGGUAAAGGUGAGAAACAGUCAUCCGAAGAAGAGAAAAAGCAGGACGAAGACGAUGAUACGGGACCAAAACCAAUGCUGCCAUACUCCUCCAUGUUUAUACUGUCCCCUACGAAUCCAAUAAGAAGAGCCGCCCAUUGGGUCGUCAACUUGAGGUACUUCGACGUAUUCAUAAUGGUGGUGAUAACGUUGUCGAGUAUCGCGUUGGCCGCCGAGGAUCCCGUGUGGGAGGAAUCGCCGAGAAACAAAGUACUGAACUACUUCGAUUACGCGUUCACCGGUGUAUUCACCGUCGAGAUGCUACUGAAGAUAGUCGAUCUCGGGAUCAUCCUUCAUCCGGGCUCGUACCUGCGCGAGUUCUGGAACAUUAUGGACGCCGUUGUGGUGAUAUGCGCCGCGGUAUCGUUCGCGUUCGACAUGACCGGUAGCUCGGCCGGGCAGAAUCUCUCGACGAUCAAAUCGCUGCGAGUGCUGAGGGUGCUCAGACCGUUGAAGACGAUCAAGAGAGUGCCGAAACUGAAGGCGGUGUUCGACUGCGUCGUGAACAGUCUAAAAAAUGUCAUUAACAUUCUUAUAGUGUACAUAUUGUUUCAAUUCAUAUUCGCUGUGAUCGCGGUGCAGCUGUUCAACGGGAAGUUCUUCUUCUGCACCGACGAGAGCAAAUACACGAAAGAGGAAUGCCAGGGUCAAUAUUUCGUUUUCGAAGACAAUGGCAUGCUGCCGGAGCCCAGGAAACGGGAGUGGAGCACGCAAUCGUUUCAUUACGACAACGUGAUGGCUGCGAUGUUAACGUUGUUCGCAGUACAGACCGGCGAGGGCUGGCCGCAGAUAUUGCAGAACUCGAUGGCGGCCACUUACGAGGACAAGGGCCCCAUACAGAAUUUUCGUAUAGAGAUGUCCAUUUUCUACAUCGUCUACUUCAUCGUGUUCCCAUUCUUCUUCGUGAACAUCUUCGUGGCCUUGAUCAUCAUCACUUUCCAGGAGCAGGGAGAAGCCGAAUUGCAGGACGGCGAAAUCGACAAGAAUCAGAAAUCUUGCAUAGACUUCACGAUCCAAGCGCGGCCGUUGGAAAGGUACAUGCCGAGAGAUCGGAAAAGUGUAAAGUUCAGAAUCUGGAGUAUAGUGGUAUCGACGCCGUUUGAAUACUUUAUCAUGUGUCUCAUCGUAUUGAACACACUGCUGCUCAUGAUGAAGUUUCAUCGGCAAAGCGACGUGUACAAGAACACGCUGAAGUACAUGAACAUGUGCUUUACGGGGCUGUUCACCGUUGAGUGCAUACUGAAGAUCGCCGCGUUUGGCGUCAGGAAUUUCUUCAAGGAUGCCUGGAACAUAUUCGACUUCAUCACGGUGAUAGGGAGCAUCGUGGACGCCCUCGUAAUCGAGUUCGGGGAGCGGCUUUCGGGUAUGCCCAGUGGAGGCCAACUAGGCGAAAAGAAGGAGAACUUCAUCAACGUCGGUUUCCUAAGGCUGUUUCGAGCGGCCAGGCUGAUCAAACUGCUCAGGCAGGGCUACACGAUACGAAUUUUGCUGUGGACCUUUGUACAAUCCUUCAAAGCUCUGCCUUACGUUUGUCUCCUUAUAGCGAUGCUAUUUUUCAUCUACGCGAUCAUCGGUAUGCAGGUCUUUGGAAAUAUAACGAACGAUCCAGGAACAGCUAUCGAUGAACACAACAACUUUCAGUCCUUCUUCGCCGGUCUUAUGUUGCUAUUUCGGUGCGCGACCGGUGAGGCAUGGCCGAACAUCAUGUUAUCCUGUGUGAAGGAUCGUCCCUGUGACCCGAAGGCUAGCAAACAACAGGGUGGCUGCGGGUCGAACAUCGCGUACGCUUACUUCGUCUCGUUCAUCUUCUUCUGUUCGUUUUUGAUGUUGAAUCUGUUCGUCGCCGUCAUCAUGGACAAUUUCGACUACUUGACGAGGGACUCGUCGAUCUUGGGCGCCCACCACUUGGACGAGUUCGUUAGAAUCUGGUCCGAGUACGAUCCGAACGCUACCGGGAAAAUCCAUUACAAGGAGAUGUACGACAUGCUGAAGAACAUGGAUCCGCCGUUGGGGUUUGGUAACAAGUGUCCGAAUCGGCUCGCUUACAAGAAACUUAUCAGGAUGAACAUGCCCGUGGACGAGAACCUGAAGGUGAACUUCACGACUACCCUGUUCGCCCUGAUUCGCGAGAAUCUUAAUAUCAAAGUCCGAAGCGCCAACGAGAGGCACCAAGCGAACGAGGAGCUGAGGGAUACUAUCAGAAGCAUUUGGCCCCUGCAGGCGAGAAAGAUAUUGGACCUUUUGAUACCUAGGAACGAAGAAUUGGGCAGAGGUAAGAUGACCGUUGGUAAGAUAUACGUCUGCCUUCUGAUACUCGAAAGUUGGAGGUCGACCAAGUUCGGUCAGAUAGAACCGUCAGGACAGAACGAUAACGAUCUUAUCGAUAACGAUAAUGCUGGGCAAAGUCCUGCAGCCCAGGCGCAAUCGUUCCUCAACUGCAUACUGGACGUGACGCACGGAAAUAAUCACGGGGCCGGAAGUAGGGCGAACAGCCUCGAGCCGGUGGUCAGGCCGACGCCGGAAGCGAAGCUCGAACUGCACAAGGAGCACAGGGAGGAAGACGACGAGCACAGACGUCAACGUAGCAUCAGAAAUAAAAAGGUGAACUGGAAGAUGUCCCACCAGUACGAUAUACUAGGCAGCAGCGGAGAGAGUAGCCAGGGAGGGGGUGGGUCUGGGGUUGUACCCGUAGUUAAUGACGAGGAUCGCGCCCCUGAGCUAGAGCCAUUGCUGGCUGAGAUGGAGCUUCAGGAGGUCGUAGUUAGCGACUCGCGCGCCGGUAGCCUCGAGAGUCUCACGCAUCCUGGUAAGAGGCUUCAUCCAGCCGUGCAACCGGUCAGACACCCAUCGCGUUCACCGAGUUUGAGGAGACACUCGCCGGAUCUUCAAUCGCCGAGACGACCUAGGUACGAUCAUCACGGUCAUUAUUACCACGAUGGACCAGGGUUUAGCGACACGGUUAGCAACGUCGUCGAGAUACAGAGACACACGCAUCAUCCCCAUCCGUCACAGUACAAUCAUCGGCACAAAAUGCGAGACUAUUACGACCACUGCGACUAUUACGACGAUGGUCCGUGGAGCGCUUCGACCAGUCCAGCGCGGACACCGAGUCCGAUUCACCACAUCGAUCAUCGCGGUCGGCAUUACGGGACGACCAGACUGGAGCAAAGAUCGCGGAGUCCCAGCCCGAUCGGCGGCCGAACGCCGGCGCACCCGCAUCACUAUCAUCGGCAUCAUCCCCAUCAGCACAGCUACCCGGUGUUGGUAACGAGACGCGGACAGGGUCGACGGUUGCCGCCGACGCCGAACAAGCCGUCGACCCUGCAACUCAAGCCGGCGAACAUCAACUUUCCGAAGUUGAACGCGUCGCCGACUCACGGGCCUCACAUGCCCGCAGCCGCCCACGUGCCCGCGAUUCCAACGGGGAUGCAGCAUCCCGCGCCACUGCCGGGGCACGUUCCACCACCGAUGCAGCCCAGUCACUGUCCCCUCAGUUUCGAGCAGGCCGUGGCCAUGGGUCGCGGAGGUCGCCUUCUGCCCAGUCCUGUACCCAACGGGUACAAGCCGCAGCCCCAGGCUAAGCAGAGAACACCCAGGUCCAGACACUCCGACAGCGACGAAGACGACUGGUGCUAGCCAAAGUGGGACCCUGGACGGUGGUCCGGUGACGUGGACGCCCCCAGGCGUCUUAGGGUUUGCGCGUGAAUCUUCCACGACGACGGGAGGGGCGCAUUGAUCUAGCGUCGGAGAUUGAUCGAACGUUCCACGAGUAUGCGGUAAAAACGGAUAAAGACUGCCGAUUAAGCGUAGUACGCGAGAAGAUGUGCGAGGAUCGGGAGAAAAUAGAUGGAGGCGAUUCGUACAUCUCGUGGAACGAACGAACAGCGGUCAGCCGAUUCGAGAGAGAAGGAAUUCGAUCGAACGGAUCGACGCGACGCGGAAACUGGAAACGGAAGAGGCAAUGGAUUUCAAAGAAAUUGUGCGACUGAAACGAAAGCAACAUCGGAUGAUCGUUACAGGGACAACAAAACCAACGUACGUACUUACGUAUUUAACGGGCAAUCGUCGGGGUGGACGUUUCAUCGAACAAAGUGUGCAAUGCCACCGGACGACGCGCGACGAUCGUCGGUUGAAACGCGUGAAACGAAAGCGAGGACUCGCUUUCGAACGAGGAGCAACGGCAAAUCUCUGCCGAUCGCGCAGUGAUUCGUCGUAACGAAAAAGAAAACAGAAAAAAAAAUAACAAAAAAAAGUCCCAGUGUCGGAGGCGCAUACGAUUUACGAGUCGGUGCGUUCGCCGUAAACACCGUUUCGGAACUUUAUCUAUUUUCAACGAAAAACUUUCUUUCAUCUCAAACUUUGAAGCUUUUCUUGCUGUGCUUUUUAAUCGACGGAUCGAGCCGAGGAGGAUCCAACUUUUGUACGACUCGUUAUAAUGCGAUACGAUUGCACCACGGGAGGGAGACGGUAUCGAGGCUGUUCCAACUUUAUUGAGAACCGUCACCGAUUCUCUUCUCGAAUUUCUCUGCGAUCUAACGCCGCAACACUCGAGCAAUCGAGGAUUUAGGGCGCGCACGUUUUCCGUUCGCGUUAUGUCCCACGAAAAUUCUAUCUCUCAUCGCAGCUGCAAUCAACUUGACGAACGAGUGGACGGUCUCCCGGUCGAAAUCUCUUCUAGAUCCGUUGAACAGAACGAGAGGAAACGCGGCAAAGACCGUGGCUACGGACACCAGCUUUUCGUACAUUCGCCGAUAGGUAGUCACGGUGUCGCUAGCACCGUUUCCUUUCGUUCGUCUCUCGCGGAACUCGAAGGCCAGAUUUCGCGGUUGAAAACGCGUUCGCCUCUCAAAGUGUAUCUAGCGUAAAACGGAUGAGAAAUCGUUCAAGUGUAAUCGACUCGCUCCUCGAAUUAAAUGGAAGCUCAUUAAAAAAGAAGUGUACUCGAGGAUGCAAAACGUGUCGUACAUCUUACAUCGAACUAAAUACGUAGGAAUUUUUAUUAAAGAGUCUAUUCGAAACGAUUCGCGUGAAUAUUAUAGAACGCUUAUUCGCGAACCAAUCUGCUCGCGGGUAAAAAGAGGACGUUGGAUUCGCGAUGCCGUUGUAACGUGGACUUUCACAAUGUCGCAGCUGGUGCCAAUGAUAAAGUAUAAUAGAAGCGUUUCGUGAUAAAUGAUUGAGAAAUGAACCGAGGAAAAUGAGGUCGAGUUAGUCUAAAGAGUAACGAACAAAUUAAACACGAGAGGGAGGAAAAGAGGGAGAGAACAAACACUUCCACUAUUAUUACCGUUUCGCUGUAACCAUGACUACUACUGUUACUUACCGAUACUAUCGCUAUUAUCGCUAUUACUAUUGCUAACGAUUUAUUACCACUACUUAAUAACGCCGUCGAUACUACUCUACUACUACACUGUUAUACUACUACGUACUCUGCUACUGCUACUAUCGUUAAUGGAAUACUAGCCACGCAUUAUCGUCUAACGAUCUUAUUAAUUUUUUCUCGUUUUCGGCCACCGUUUCCCUUCGCUAAACGCCUAAAUCGGAAAUCUUUUAUUUCGAUCUCUCUCCUUUUCAAGUCUUUGCCAAAUAGUUUUUAACUCGUCACUGAUAUCGGUUCGAUUACAACCUCGUCUCUCUUUAACGUUUUUCUAACGUUCCCAUCGUAUACUUCCGAAUAGAAUACGUAUCGUGAAAAAUUCGCAUCCGAUAGUAUUAAGCAACGUAACUGACCUAGUUAAUCCUACUUGAACCCUUUCAAAACUUACUUUUCAUUUCUCCUCGGAUUUCUUAAAUCUAUCGCUUACCUCUUUCAGACUUAUUAUUUUCCAACGAUUAUCCACGGCAAACGAUCUGUAACAUUAGAUAAUUUAUAUUAUACAUAUUUAUAAUAUAAAUUGGUUGAUCCGUAUUAUAAUAUACGUUAUAAUAUAUAUCGGAAUAUAUAUUAUAUUAUAUUAUAAUAUUCGAUGUAUCGUAACCGAAAACUCGACACCUUCCACCGCUGCUACGUAUUACUGCUGUCGCUAUACUGUUACUACUAUUACUGUUGCUAAAUACUACUAUUACCUACCGCUGCUGCUGCUACUACUAACUACGAUUACUAUUACUAUUACCAAUAAUUACUACUUUUACUAACGCUACGAUUACCAAAACGUUUUACUAAAACAAAAUUACGCUAGCGUAAAGGAAGAUCGUAACACAGUCUAGUUGCAGCUCGUCACUCGUCGGAUUAAAAAUUGGGAAAACACGUGGAUCGAUCGGUGGACGAUCUCGCGUACCUACGCGACGACACGGGGGGUAGCACGCGACAAAUUCAUCGGGAGAUACUUAAGUAACAAAACAGGACGGACGUUAUUUCGAAUUCUACCGUUGGCUCAACGUAAAUUAACGCAGAAGUAGCCGUAACGUGCACAUACUUAAAAAGCAACAAAAAUACUAAAAAGCGUGGGUAAAUGCGCGCGUGUAACCGAAUCGGAGUUAUCUAAUCAUAGAAACGUGUGGAGAGAUUAUAAACAAAGUAUCCGAUUAACAUACUGCCAAUCGUACGAGGUGUUUCAAACGGGAAACACACACGCGAAAUAAUAUAAAUUUUAAUACGAGUGUACAUAAAGUAAAACGACGCAUCUUUUUUCGCGGCACGUAUAUUCACAAAACACCUGUACGCGUACGUAGAUAGAUUUAAACGAAUUCGUCGACGAGGGAAGACGAGAACGAGAGAGCGAUCGUUAACGAAACGGUAAAAUCAUCCUUCGAUACACUAUCACCCUCGCGCUUGCCUGACUAAUUUGCCGAGUGCGUGUACCUUGACUGAACUGUGCGCAAUACGUGACUCUCAUCGUCGUCGGUCGAAAAGUUUUCCUACAUCGCUCGUGCGUCCACUCACUUUUAUUCCGCAUGCUACGCGGUAUGAUUAAACAAAAAUGUUAAUACCGUUUGUACAUAAAUAUUUGUCUAAUUUCUAUGCUUACUUCCCGAGCGUUCGUUUCGAUCAUCCUGCGAUACGAUGCCGUGUUAAAAGGCUGGGGGUAUGAAAUAAUGUAUGGAAACUUUUCUGACGGACCGUAGGAAAACCUAUCCCAUUCAUUAAUUUAAGGAUUUACCAUGGAGGAGACGGGAAUAGAGAAUUCUAAAUAAGAAAAUAUAGUCGAUAGCGCGCGGAUUGCUUUUAGCGUUUCAUUAACGUUUCCCGGUUACGUUAGAUUUAAGAGAAAUUAGUAAAAUUGUUUCGAAGGAUACCGAAUUUCAUUAGUCUUUUAAAAAGAAGACAAUUUUUUACGUUUUGUACUUUAGUCUACAUUCUCUGAGACAUAUCAGUCGUUUUAUUUGUUUUUACAUUGAGUUACGUUUUAUAUUUUUAUUUUCCUACGCAUUUUUUAAUGCUUUCCGUUUUAUUUGUUUGUACUUUUUUAACGUUUUAGUUUCGAGCCCGGAACUUGUUUUAUUUCUCGUACUUAACAAUGAAAGGGACACCCGAGUAGGUACGUACCGGGAUGGGGUAUUACUUAUUAAAACUGUUUUUCUGUGAUAAACCCAAAUAAGUGUCAUUCAUCCGGCGAUAGACGAUUUCUGUGCGGCCCCCGACCGAAGAAAGGCGAGUAGACGAGAAUAGGCACGAGAAGAGAUUGACUGCCAAGGGUAGUAUAAGACGCGAGAAAAAGGUAGAUUAACUCGAAUCGUGUGUAUGCGAAUGUACGUGUGCGGGCGAGUGUCUGGGAAUGUUGAAAUCUCGGAGAUCGCUAUAGCGUAGAAAAGACAAGCAUCACGACCAAGCUCUAAAGACGACUAAUAAAAUACACCAUAAAUACGUAUACAUAAUAGAUGUAGUCGAAAGAAGAGCAUAUAAAUAUAGCCCUAAGUAUAAAAGGUAAAUUAUAGACAACUAUAUACGAUUUUCACUCGAAACGCAUUAACGCGGCUACAUUGCAAACUAAAACUGAGGAACGACAUUAAGAAAACGAUAAUAAAACAUAGUAAUAACGAUAACGCUGAUAAUAUUUGACGACGGUACGCGAUCCGAACAACUUCGAUUCCUUUCUCUCGUACGUACGAAUUAAGAACGCUGCGAGGAGAGAUAAUUUACUAGGCGAAUGGGCGAGCGAACAAAGAUGCCAUAAUAGAAUCGUUCGAGCACUCGAGGAAAAGCUGAAGAUGGAAGCAGACAAGGGUAUUCGCUUGUAACAGAACAGCGAGCACACUUCGAUGUGAAUAGUUUUCGUAUUAUAAUAGCAUUUGUUUAUAACAUUUACCUGAAUGCGAAAUUACAAGCGAACGGUUCUAGUCUGUGUCCACCUCGCGGGAACGGCUAAGUUCCAACGGUUCGCGGAAGGACCGAGUAUACAUACUUGUAAAUAGAUUCAGUACCGCUAACAGGUCGAAGUAGACGUUAAAGAUCGCUCAGAUUAUUCAAUUUUUCCAAUUUACUAUAUCUUUCUAUUUGCAAUUUCACGUGGUUCACCUUACGCGUAGUUUCAGCCUUCUGAUCGGAGGGUGGUGACAAAGAGAGGGUAAUAUCUUAGAAAACGUUAGAAGUUGAAACCUAUCGCAAAACGUUCGCUAUUUAAUAGAUAAUCUAGUCGUCGGAAUCAUUAAAUUCGUACCGUAAACGAAGCGAAUCCGUAUAUUUACGAUCCCGGCAAAAGUAAGGACCGGCGCGAACGUUCGUUUCCGCGAACCGUCAGGGUGAACGUCGAUGCCGGUGUCAAUGAAUAAUCGGUCUCCCUCCGUGGUAGCAAUCGUACAUCUUCGUUCGAGAAACAAAACGCUCUUGUUUCUUCGCGGAAAGGAAGAAUAAUUCAAGAGAAUGGGCGAAACGAAGAGAAUGGACAAACGAGGAGGAGAAAAGGGCGCACCGGAUGGCAAAAAAGGAGGACAAGCUCUCGAUCAGGUCUAAGGUGCCGCGAGAAAGGGAAGAGAGGAGGAGGCGCUUCUCGGCUCGUUCGUAGAAAGUACGUAAUUACGAUUAAACGAAAUUACAGAACGAACGCAUGAGGAAAAUUCGCGAGAGGACCGUAUACACGCACGUAUGUAUAAAUAAAUUUCCAUCGGUUCUAGACAGUCAGAGACAUUGAAAAAUCAUUUAGUCGAUCGUUGAAAAAAUAAAAUAAAACAAAGUGGAUGCCAUGAGUGUAUUACGUUUAAGAGUUUUUCUACUUAUCUAUACGUAUAUACAUAAAUAAGGAUGACAUACAUAUAUAUAUAUAAAUAUGUUCACGUAAGGAAGCUGCGCGUACGUGCAUUUUAUAUCUAUGUAUUUGCGUCUGAAUACAUGCAUAUAAAUAUAUGUGUACGUGUGCAUAUACGAUAUAUGUGGUUACGAACAAAUAACGAAAUCGACGCGGCGCUAAUCACGCUAAAUGCUCUCGAUAAUAAAAAUGCAAUCGCGAAGAGGGAAGGAGUAACGAGUAGAAGAAAAACAAUUAAAAAAAAAAUGUUCGUCGCUAGCGCCUCUUCGGCUGUUGGACGAGCCGACGAGCUCCGUAGAGUUUCAUACUUUUGCAAAUAAUAAUCGAAAUCUCGUGGGAUAAAACACUAUUAAAUACACCGAUCUCUAUAUAUAAAUACGUAUAAAUAAGACACGUACGUUAUAGAAGCGAGAAAGAUUCGUCUCGAUCCAUUGCAAGUGUACAAGCAUCCGUGUCUUAAUUUGGUGAGGGUCGAGUGCGCGCGGUCGCUGCUCGAACGAUCGGAUCGAUGCCGAUUACCAUCCAUCGAAUAUCGCGAUUCAUCGUACGCGAUCGCCAGCGUAACUUACACUUAGAGCGAGGGAUGUGCGUGGCGCGAGUUUCAAUCCUCUCUAUUAAAUUCAUUUCUAUUUUCGUGCAUCGAUUUCGCGCUCUGAACCAAAUCCGCGCACCACCGUGGCGAGUUUAUCCACUGGGUUCGAGCGACGGACGACGAUCGGAGAUCUCGGGAUCGGCGUCAAAUCAAAUACCGAAGUCACGAUAACGGAAUAACGAUCAAACGCACAGGAAUUAGCUUCAGAAUUACAUUACUCGAUAGACGAAUGUCGAAACAGAAUACGAAGAUGUUAACAGCGUUUCCACUUGCACCACUCUUAUCGGUCUCGUAAAAAAUGUCUCCGAUUUCGUCGGAUCGUCGGACGUUGCCCGACUGGAUCGUUUCGCGUCGGAAAUUAAAAACGAAACUAAAUACUAUGUACAGAAGAUGCGUAAAUGUAUUUUCGACAGUGCGGGAGCUGUGCGUAGUUCGCGCGAGAUCGGCGGAGAUUCGGUUCCCGUGAAAACGCGUGGAAACGCGAGUCGCGAAGGGAAAAACAGAGAACGCCUGGGAAGAAACAUUAAAUAGUAACAAGAGUUGCCUUAAUAUUAUCCCUAUAGGAUUCGCGUGCGGACGGUGAAAAGAGAGGAUAAAAAACGUUGAAACGAUAAAUCAAACGAUCGCGUCGUCGCGAGAUAAUUCGGGUCAGUCGCAGGCGAAGUUUUCCUCCCUCUUCGAAGAGAUUCGUCCUCUCAGUUUACUCGGGAUAAAUCUUGAUCGGUAAACGCGAUCUCGCGACCGGUUUAACUCGCGAGCAGGAAGAAAGCUAAUCUCGUACGCUACUGUUCACGGACGCGAUGCGAUUCGCGAAGUCACACGCAUCGUUCUUCUCGAGCAUCCUUCUUUAGCUCGUCCAUCCUUUCGCGUUUGCGUCGCGUCGUUCGCUAUCAUCCUUCGUCGGGCCAUCUUCAUUCACUUAGGUACUUACACACAUGCGCUCGCGUGGUUAGGGAACAAUAGCGUAUCGACUUCGUGUUGGACGCGUGUUAGAAAAUCAAAAAUCGUGUGCGAUGGAGCGAGAAGAAGAAAGAUACGAGGACGAACCGUGGAGAACGUAGAUGCGGAGAACGAGAAAGCGAGAAUGGCUGGACCGACUGUGUAUCACGCGGUGCUUCGCGCGCGAGAAAAUCUGUGUGAACGGUGCGUAGUCGAAAGAAAGCGAAAUCUAUAAUAAUCUAUAUUCUACGAUAGCGCGAAUGACCGACGGCGUAACAAUCCCAAGAAUCGAAAGUACGGGAACGCAUGAGUGCUUGCGAGAUUGCGAAUUCCAAGUGAAACAGGGAAAAAUCGUGCGAAUGUGAAGAUCGAAAGGAAAAUUGAGUAAAUCGAAAAUCUGUAAACGUCUGAUAGUCGCGUGUUACAUUGCAUUGUUAAAGGAAGAAUCCUGUAAAGAGGGCAAGAAAAACGAAAGAAGAAAUACAUUGAAAGCUUUAACUCUGAUUAAACUAACUUUUAAAAAGAGGUAUAGACAUAAUAUAACGCAGUGGGUGCUGCUGCCAGUUUUGUGUGAAUGGCGGACGGUUGGCGGUCGAUUCUGCGCGAAGCCAAUACCGACAUCUCCGAAAAGCGUUCAUUACGAGCGCGUAUAUACAGACAAAUAUAAUACUAUAUACAUAUACAAGCAUAUAUUUGCCUCGAUAUGUACUAUAAUACGUUCGUGUUUGACGAGCGUCGACGAAGCGUUCAAUUCUUUCUUUCAAAUAUUGUAUACACACGUGUUGUUAACAAUCUCAUCCUCGUCGGUGUCUCUCGUUCGCGCAAUGUCUCGCCAAUCUCCGCGUUAAUUGUAAACUUACUGUAUAUUACUUAUACAUAUAUACAUAUUAUAUAUAUAUAUAUAAAUAUACGUAUAUAUAGAUGUAUGCAUAAUGUGAAAAUGAACAAUAUGGAACACUUGGUUUUUUGUCUCGGUGAAAGCAGGUCCGAUUGUACCUUUAUACGUAUUUCAUUGUCGCGCGUUAGAGUUCGCGUCACGUUCCGAAGCGAUUCUCGUCACACGCGAAUCAGAAAACUUGCCAAACGCAAAAGUGUGUAUUUUUUUCAAUCGAUCGAAUGGGAUCCGUGUUCGCGGACUAAGCGCGGAUCUUUGACGAACGUAAUUCGAUGUAUUUCUUAUGAAAAAGCGGUGCGUUUAACGAUUUGACAAACGCGAUUCUACUCGUUCGUCGACGAACGAAAGAGGAGAGGAAGACGCUUCGGCUCCGCGGCGCGAACGAGAUCGUAUCGUUUUUCUUCUUUGACAAAACAUUCUACGCGUGCGAACGCUCCUGCCAGUGAGGAAGUAUUGUGUGCGAUAUAAAGACGUUAUCGAGAUAACGAAAAACGAUGUAAACAUGAUUAUUCUUUGAAUCUACGAUAUUAUAAAUAUAAAACCAACGUUCGGUGUGGCGUCGAGCGCGAAUGAGCGAGCGAAUGGUGAGAGAAUCGAGCAAACGAGAACAAAACCAUGCAUCAUUACUUACGUAUUAUGCAGUAAAACGAGAGGCGAUACUCUUACCUUAUAUAUAUAAAUAUUAUAUAUAUAUAUACAUAUAUACAUAUACAUAGUUAGUUCAAUUUGCAAAUUAGUGUGUAUCGUCGCUUCGAAAAAAUGCCCAGUCAUUAUUCGCCAGAAUCCAAAAACAAACCCAACAACCAAUUUCAAGUUCAUUCUUUUUUUAAGGAAGAAACGAAUAAAAUAAUGUGUUAAAAUA